GCAGAAGCCAGUGGACACGAGCACACUCCCUCACUUCCACAUCUUUUCCCCUCUGAUUACACUGGCAGUAAAUUGACAGCUAACAGAAUGAAGGGCAUCUUCUCUUUGGCUGGACUCCUGCUCCUCGUUACUGUCCAGAGCAGCUGGCAGUUUCCUGCACAGGACAUAGAGGAGAACUCCAGCGUGAUGUCAGAUGACAUGCUAUUCACUGAUCCAGCAACCAGGAAGAGACACUCAGAAGGAACGUUCUCAAACGAUUAUAGCAAAUAUCUGGAAACAAGACGAGCCCAGGACUUCGUCCAGUGGCUGAUGAACUCAAAGAGGAGUGGUACCCAAACAAGACGGCAUGCGGAUGGCACCUACACCAGCGACGUGAGCUCCUACCUGCGGGACCAGGUGGCCAAAGAGUUUGUGUCCUGGUUAAAAACAGCGAGAGGGAGAAGAGAGUAGAACUGGAGACCACGUCCCACCUGGCCAUGGCAUUAUUUCAAAUUUUCUAAAAAAUAAAAAUAAAAAAAUGUUGUCAUUUCCC